GGUCGGGCCUUCACUUCCCGACCAGCGCCUGAGUGCAGCUCACGACUGCCAGCCUGUUACCGUUACACACGCUGUUGACUGUUGAGAGUUCAAGGUCAACACGGAUUCCAAGUUUUCUGAAGAGGGAACGAGAAGAUGUAGGAGGCGCUGGGAUCCUGCCCCGCUUGCCUGCUUUCCUGCUCUGCCCAGGAGGAAGUGGCAAGGAUCAGUUUCUUCAGAAACUGCCCAACUUGUUUUCCAGAGUGGCUGUGCCAUUUCACAUUCCCCAAAGCAAUGGACGAGUAACCCAGUUUCUCAAAGCCAGACCAGAAGUCCUUCAGACUGUGGUGGAGCCUGAAGCUGCUCCUCACCAUCCCGAGUGUCUUGUUGUCUCUGCUGUGUCUCCAUCGCAUGGUUGAUGUGCGUCUGCCAUGUCCUGCUGGACAUGAUCCCGGAGCUGGUGCCCAGAAAUCGCUUGACCUCGGCCAUGAUCACUUCCUCCUUUCAAACCUCUGUGGCAGUGUUUGCCCUAGUUACUCUGCAUGUCAGUGCCCUGGAUACAUUUAUAGCUGCAGUAUAUGAACACGCGGUCAUAUUGCCAAAUGAAACAGAAACGCCUGUUUCUCAGGAUUAUGCCUUACUCCUCAUGAACAAGAAUCUCGAUAUUCUAGAGAGAGCGAUUGAGCAGGCAGCUGAGCAGGAUGCUCAAAUCAUUGUGACUCCCGAAGAUGCACUUUAUGGAUGGAAAUUUACAAGGGAAACAAUUUUCCCUUAUCUGGAGGACAUCCCAGACCCUCAGGUGACCUGGAUUCCGUGUGAGGACCCCCACAGAUUUGGUCACACACCAAUACAAGCAAGACUCAGCUGCUUGGCCAAGAGCAACUCUAUCUACAUCUUGGCAAAUAUUGGGGACAAAAAGCCAUGUAAUUCCCGUGACCCCACAUGUCCUGCUAAUGGCUAGUAUCAAUACAAUACCAAUGUGGUGUAUAAUAAAGAGGGAAAACUGGUGGCACGGUACCAUAAGGUAUGCACGAUGCUGAAAUGCAGAACAACUAAUUGGACAACUUGUGGACAGCCAGUGGAAACAGCUGUGACAAGAUUCGAUAUCUUUUCCCUAAGUGGCACAUUUGGAACAGAGUAUGUUUUUCCUGAAGUGUUACUUACUAAAAUUCAACUGUCUCCUGGAAAAUUUGAGGUACUAAAAGAUGGCCGUUUGGUAAACAAGAAUGGAUUAUCCGAGCCUAUCCUAACAGUGACACUCUUUGGGAGAUGGUAUACUAAGGACUCACAUUCCAUCUCAGGAAGGACCAGGAACUUGGCAACAACUUACCUGCUAAUAGCCACUUUAUUCAUGAUCAUAGUUUUGCAAAAUGUUGUGAUGGUGUAGGACAUUUCUGUAUCACAUUCAUUUUGGCAGCAUAUAUUUUAUUUACCAAAUGUGUUUAUCCGGUUCCCAAGUUUACUAAGAAACUUUGAAGGGCUAUCUCAGCAGUACAGGACAAUGAUUUCUAAAUAUGUAUUUUUCUCAUCAAGAAUUAUUUUUAAGUAUUAUGGUCAUUUUGACUCCUUUUUGGCUACUCUGAAAUGUUGCUGUGUGGUACAGUGGCGAGAGCAUGGGUGUUUGACAAUCACAUCUUAGCUUUCGCUUUAUUUGCUGUGUGACCUUGUGUGUGCUCCUGUGUGACCUUGUGUGUGCUCCUGUGUGAGAGGGACAGAGUGAAGAGCUUCAGGGCCAUUGGAAACACAGCUGUGGCCUUUGAAGAGAGGAGUAAUGAUGGGAAUUGAGGGGGUUACGACUGAAUUCCAUUUGACAUUAAAGACAAUUUGAGUUCUUCUA